GACAACGCCCUCGUAUCGUAUUCGUAAUUCGUACAUUUUGUGGUUAUGAAUUGCUAGUGUCACCACGUGCCUGUUGUCUAUUUCAUUAAUUAAUAAUUGAACGAAUCAAGUGAUCAAAAAAGUUGACAUUGUUUAUAUUUUCAACUGUUCAUUUGGAUGUUACGUACAUUACUAUGACCUCGAAUGACCUAUACCUACAUAUUAUUUAGUUUGUCUUCAUUUCUUGAUGAUGAUGAUUCUUCAGAAGGUAGUACGUCAGAUGCCACAGAAAAGGAAAACAUACCAGAGUUCCCCGAAAUGCUUAUAAACGAAGAUUCAUUUAAUAAACACCGUCCGAUUAAAAUACUGUCGAAUGUUCAAGUACAUAGAAGUGCCACACCAUCUCGAAGUCCUAGUACAACAACAUGUUCCAAUACCCCUACUAGUAGGCGAAACGAUGAUUCCCAAACCAUAACUCAAGCCGCGACUAAUUAUGACGACUGUGAUAGUGGAGUUUUAGUGAAAAACAGUCAGUUAAAUACACUGGUGAAAUACAUAGUAAGCAAUAAUAAAUUGAUAAAGCAACAGCAAGAAGCCAUUGCCGAGUUAACAAGUAAAGUUAACGCACUUCUUGAAAAGAGCAGCGAUAAUGUUCAGGCUAUACAAACGUGUGCCCAGUGGAAGGAAAGAAAAACAAAAUUAUUUCCUAUUACAGAGGUUGACCAAGUAAACCAAAUUGAAGAGCUUUUGACUGAACAUGAGUUUCAAGAAUAUCUGGUAAACAUUUAACAAUUUAACAUCAUUUUCACAUGUUUAUCAAUAAACGUUUAAUUUAGAUUCAAACAUGGUCCACAGAGGGAGGCAAAACCGUCAAUGAAUGCGUCAGAAAAAUUAUGCCCUUGGUGAUUACAGACGGAGUUGGAAUAGCAUUUAGUUACCAUGGUCAUAAACAGAAGAAGGAUUUCUCAAAAUAUAAAUUAUUGAAUAGAACUAUUAUUGAAAGUGUAAAGUUAAAUAAUAAUAACGCCACUUCGAAAGAAGUCGAAUUACAAGUAGCUGUCUGGCUCACCAAGUGCUCUGUGCGUAGAAAUAAGUCCAUGUUAAUCUAAUUUGUACCUACAUUGCAUAUGUAGUAACUAGAGAACAUAUAUAUUGUCUGUGGUAGUAAUAUAUGUGAAGAUUGAUAAAACA